AUGGCGCAGCAAUCAAUCCCCAAGACAAUGAAGGCCUUGAGGCUGGUAAAGUUUAAUGAGAAUUACCAGCUCCGCCACGAUGUCCCAGUCCCUGAACCCGGUUCAGGCGAGCUUCUCAUCCGCGUUGCCGCUGCCAGCUUCUGCCACACUGACUACCAAGUCUAUCAAGGUACUUACAAGACCCACCUACCAUUCACAGGUUCUCACGAACCAGCUGGUACCAUUACCAGCCUGGGGUCUGAUGUGCCCGGUGACUGGAAGGUUGGUGACCGAGUUGGUGUCUUGAACUUCAGAAAACCCUGUGAUGACUGUAACGGGUGCAGAUGGCGAAGGAGCAGAUACGGUACAUUGGACGCUCGCUACUGUGAGAAUAAGACCAUGAACGGAAUUGUUAAGUCGGACGGUGGUUUUGCCGAGUAUAUGAUCACUUCGCAUUAUUCGCUAGUUCAUCUCCCAGACGAUGUGUCAUUUGAGCAGGCGGCUCCAUUGAUGUGUGCCGGUGCUACAGUCUGGAACGCAAUCAAGGAGACAGGCCUGGAAAAAGGGCAGUCCUUGGCCUUGGUCGGCAUCGGCGGCCUGGGUGUGCUAGGUGUACAGUUUGCCAAGGCUUUGGGUUAUCGAGUCGUUGCCAGUGAUAACCAUGAGGCCAGCCUGAAGCUUGCUUCGGGGGUGCCGGAACACCUCCGACCUGACUUAAUAGUCAACUCGGGCGAUAAAGACGCUACUCAGAAGAUUUCUGACUUUACAGACGGCGAGGGACUACAUGGAGUUGUUGUCUGUACCGAUAGUGUGGCUGCCACAGACUGGGCGUUGCAUCGCCUUCAGCCAAGAGGCACCUGUAUAGCCCUCGGCUUGCCAGAUGAAGGCUUUAGGUUUGAUGCCUUCAACCUGGUAUUCCGAGAGAUCAACGUCAAAGGUUCUCUUCACUGCAGCACAGACGAAGUUAAAAAGAUGAUCGAUGCAGUUUCUGAGCACGGCAUUGUCAGCCACCUGACCAUACUGCCGCUGGAGGAAGGCGAGGAUAUUCCCCAGAGAGUAGCGGCUCAUGAGUUUAGCGGUCGGCUGGUUGUAAAGAUGCAGUAG